UUGUAACAGCACUAUAAAGAUAUUUAUUUAAUAAUUAAUGUGUGAUUAUGUUUUACUGUGAAAAGUUCCACGAGUAUGAAUUUGGAGUGGAGUUUCCGGUUAGCGUAGUGACGUGAAGUUUUCAACGUGUUGCCGUUGUGCAUUGUGUGCUCGCCGCCACCGUCGCAACCGCCGUGAAGUGCGCAUCGUUAGUACCGAGUUGUGUGUACAUAUAAAUGGCGGCUGACGAAAAAUGGUACUUUACGAAAGAACAGCUUACAAACACGCCGAGCAGAAGAUGCGGCAUCGACGCGGAUAAAGAACUGAGCUACCGGCAGCAGGCAGCGAAUUUCAUUCAGGAUAUGGGACAGCGGCUUGUGGUGUCACAAUUAUGUAUCAACACAGCAAUAGUGUACAUGCACAGAUUUUAUGUAUUCCACUCGCUGUCACAUUUCCACAGGAAUGCAAUUGCAGCAGCGGCACUAUUUUUAGCAGCAAAAGUCGAAGAACAACCACGCAAGUUAGAACAUGUUAUCAAAAUGGCACACAUGUGUCUCCACAGAGAUCAGCCCCCACCUGAUGUCAGAUCCGAGCAAUACCUUGAGCAAGCUCAAGAUCUGGUUUUCAAUGAAAAUGUCCUACUACAAACAUUGGGGUUUGAUGUCGCCAUUGAUCAUCCCCACACACAUGUUGUUAGAUGUUGUCAACUGGUUAAAGCGAGCAAGGACUUAGCCCAGACUUCAUACUUCAUGGCAUCUAACAGUUUGCAUUUGACAACCAUGUGUCUGCAGUACAAGCCAACGGUAGUAGCCUGCUUUUGCAUUCAUCUCGCGUGUAAAUGGUCUAAUUGGGAGAUACCACAAAGUACAGAAGGGAAACAUUGGUUCUGGUACGUCGAUCGAAGUGUAACAUCUGAGCUUUUACAAGAGCUUACAGCAGAAUUUCUCCAUAUAUUUGAUAAGUGCCCAUCAAGAUUGAAAAGAAAAAUAAUGAGCAUAUCUGCCAAUCAGAGUCCAAGCAUAAAUCAUCCUAGUUUACCUAAUUCACCUUUUGAUGCGGAACCUCGUAAGGUACAGUCUCCCGCGACGACGGCCGAUGGUGGACCUACAUUCCAUACGAGUCGACCUCAUCAGACGGAGAAACAAGAGGAAAAGAAACAAAAUGUUCCUGCAUCUGCGAGACCACCAGUAGAUUAUCGGGAAUAUCGAGAAAAGAAAGAACGUGAGCGGUUAGAAAGGGAAAAGGCGUCGGCUCCAACGACGGUUGCGCAAAGUCACGUGUCAGAUAUUAAUAAGCAUCAUUCGCAUCACCAUAAACCUGUAUCUAGUACAAACGUGCUGAACAAACAUCCAUUGUCUCUUGGACAAAAGACACUACACCACAAUCAUCACCACAGACCAGAUAUAAAAGUUGGACAACCGGUAACUCAGAGGCAUUCGAGUAGUACUCAAGCUAGGGAACCAAAUCGCGAUCCCAAUAGACAGAGGUUACAAAGAGAGUACAAUUCGAAUACUGGUACAAGUAGCAGUAGUAGUAGUAGUAGUACUCUCCAUUCUCACAGCCAUGUUGUACCGAAGGAACCAACUUUGGAUAAUUCUUUAACGGAUUCCACUACUCACAGACCAGAUGUUGGAACAUUACAAGAUCCAAUACCUCAUGGAAAUAUACAGGAAAAACUUAGUAAUAAUAAUCAUAGUGUGCACAGAUUAAGUGGAGUAGAAAGUAAACAUCAGGGUCAUGAUAAAAGAAUGUAUGAUCCAAGACAUAAACCUGUAGAACAUAGAAAAGAUAGUGAACAAAAGCCAUAUAAAUAUCCAGAUCCAACAAGAGUUGACCGACAAAGAAAGUCUGACACGUUGGAGCAAAGGUGUGAAGAGGUUAGGAAGCUUAUCGAAAAGCCAUUACCUCCACCUAAACCAACGCUUGACGUACCGUAUAUUUCGAAUACGCAGAAACCAUCACAUCAUACAAAAUACAAUCAAUCAGAAAAAUUACAGAUUAGUACUAGCGCAAUUUUGACCGAUGUAAAACUUACCACUAACCAGAGUUCAUUUUCGCAAGAAAAAUCUCCUAGUAGCACCAAUUCGACUUCGUUGCUUACUCAAAAAUCAUUAACUUCGAAGACAGUAUCCAGUCAGCAUACAGCUCAUGGUGUGUCUCAGAUAUUAAAGGAUACAAUUAAAAAUAGUAAUUCUCAAUCGUCAAGUUUAACGUCUUUAAAUAAUCUUGAUGAUGCGAAAACUGAAAAGCGACAACGGCAUGAUGACAUAGAGAAAAGUUCGUCCGAUACCCAACAGAGUGUAUUACAAACCCCCCCUGGUAAGCCCAAAUCGCUAUUCAGUCCAGAGAAAGUACCAACGCCUCGAGAAUCUCAUUCACAGAGGCCUAAGACUAAACAAAAGACGCCGCCCUCGGCUGCAAAAGUUCCUAAGCAAGAACGUGUACCAGAUACAUCGAUAGGUUUUAAUUUAGUAUUACCUUUUGCAAGCCCACCGGGUUUGCAACAACAAGAAACGCAGCAAGCUAAACGAUCGGCUACCGAUGUUUCUACAACGUCCCAUAAAAGGCAUCGUACGGGUAGUACAAGUGAAAGUGGACAACAAGUGAAAGUAAAAUUGGAUGAUACUUCUAGUUUCGAGGCUGCUAAGAUGCUUAGCAGGGUACCAGAACUGAUACAACCUAUUAGAGAUAAUCCAUCGGCAAACGGCAGAGCCACGCAAAUCGCAAAUGACAUGAAACCACCGGAACUCAUUAAACCAUUUGACACGGAACCAACGAUAUCACGUUUUAAUACAAUAUCGACGCAGCAACAGAUCUCUUCGAAUCCACAGGGUUUGACAAAUGGAUUGGAUACUAAUCUGGUAAAGCAAGAUUCGCAAGAAUUCCAAAUUAAAAAGGAAUCUUACAAGACAGAUAUGCCGAUAAAAGCUGAACAUUCUCAGAUUAAAGGCGAAUAUUUAUCGCCAAUGAAAUCUGCUCAAAGUAUAAGUGCUUUACUUCAGGAGCCUUUAGCACCCAUGCCAUCAUUAUUGCAAAAUAUACAGCAGUUUAGUCAAAUACCGCCGCAACAAAUUCAUCAGGAACAAUUUCAACAACAACAGUUGCAACAACAACAGCACCAGCAACAGCAACAGCAACAUCAGCAACAACCGUCACUACAGCAGCUUCAGCCACCUAUAUCUCAUACAAUAUUACUUACGCAACAGGAACCUAUUCAAAGUCAAUGUUUGCCUCUAUCAUCGGUUAGUGAAUCUACGAUAGUUUCGACCGUUGACAUAAGUGCUCUCUCUGGUCCUAUACAAACUACUACAGAAUCCAUUCUUUCCGUACCAACGUCUACUACUUUAACCGUUGUACCUCCCGUGGAGGAAAAGAAGUCGGAACACCACAAAAGUGAAAAGAAGAAAAAGAAGGAAAAGCAUAAACACAAAGAUAAGGAGAAGAGUAAAGAGAAGCACAAACACAAGCAUAAAGACAAAGACAAAGAGAAGCAUCGGGAGAAAGAUAAAGAGAAAGGAGAGGACACUGUGCCUGCGGUACCUAUUAAAAUUACGAUUCCUAAAGACAAAUUGAAUUUGAGCACAGAGUCGACAGGAAGCACCGGAGGAAAUGCAGUGCCAACAGAUAAAAAUAAAUCCCCCCAAAAUACAAGUAUCAAGAUCAUUAUUCCUAAGGAACGACUGAAAGGUACGGAUAGUGUCUCGAGUUCGCCGGCUCAGUCUGUCGUUCAGGCUCCAUUAAAGAUCAAAAUCCGUACGGAUGGGAUCUCGAGAAGCUCUGGGGCCCCUUCGACGACAAGCAGUUCAAGCAGCAUCGUUCCAGAGUUCACCAACGAGAGUCGCAAGCGCGAACGUCCCGAUAUGAAGGAGAGUCCAACGACUAGUGUUCCGCCAACGAAGAAGCAAUCGCAGGUCUCCUCGGCGGGUUACGGACAACAUCGACCAGGCGAACGGCAGAAUGGCAGGCAUUAUAGUUCAGGCAGCAAUAACAAGGAGAAACACACGUCUAGCCAUCACAAAAGUUCCAGCAAGUUGUCGCAAUCUCAGCAGUCUCACGCAUCGUAGUAUCCGGACAUCGCUAGAAGAGGAUGUCGGUAAAAGUCUUCAGGAAAUCCUCCGAAUUAACCUGGUUUGAUGUCCACUGAAAGGAGGAAUUUAUCUUGUUAUGCUUCUUCGUCCUCAUUGAAACUACAUUGAGACACGAAGCGAUACAGCUUUCAUCGUCGUCGUCGUUGUCGUCGUCGUCAUCGUCGUCGUCUUUCUCAGAGUCGUCCCAGUUAAUCGAGAAGAAAAUGGAUCUUCGCGGCUAUCUAUUUCAAGCAGCCCUCUUUAACAUUAACGACGAGGGAAGAUUUUUGCGGUGAACAUUUUACACAUGGCUGUAUCGAAGAUGAGAAUUUUAGAAAGACGCAAGCUUGGCGCCUUACGUUAGCCAAAGUUUAACGUAAAUCCAUCAGCGAUUUAUGCUUUCGAUUAGAGAAUGAAAAAGAAAAGAAAAGAAAAUAAUAUUCUUACUCAGGUCAAAUUAGAUACGCGGUAAGUUAGGAGGAAAGGAAAUUUUACUUCGUCCUUGAUCAUCAGAUUAUACGACUGAUUUUCAUUCUAUUUGCGAUCUAUAUACGUCAUUUUUUUUUUUCUAUCUUAUAAGAUAUGAGACGAAUUCUUCUCUUCCUCGACGUUCAAAUAUCCGAAAGAAUACGUCUUAUAUCAAUGUAGCCCUCAGGAUCAAUUUCAAAGUUCUACUCGUACGAUAUUCUACGUCAUUCAUAUGUAAAUGUGUAGUAUAUCACGUACGAUGUUUAAAUGUUAUUUACUACAAUCGUCUUCGUUUUUCAACGAUUAUUGUAGGAACAUCUAUCGUUCAAUAGAACAUAAUGGAAGAUAAAAUAUUUCGAAUUAAGAGUCAAUGUUUUCUUCACUGUAAUGGA